AUGGAGCAAUCGGUCGCUCCUAAACCUCCGCCGAUGCCGUUACCUUAUCUCCCGAGCUCCGUCGAAGGUUGCAGAGACCUUCAGUGCAUCGGAAAGAUGGAGAUCGUCGCUCCAAAACCGGUCGGUUUUCUCUGCGGCUCCAUCCCUGUUCUCGCCGAUAACUCGUUUCCGACUUUCACUUCCGCUCUCCUCCCAUCUCAGGAAACAGUGGUUGCUCCGAGGUACCAGAUGCUUCCGAGGGAGACUGAUCUUAAUCGGCUUCCUCUGCUAGCCGAUUUUCCCGAUAAGGUUUUACCCCUCGCCGCCGUGAAGUCUAGAAUCACCGGAGAUAUAUCUAAGGAAGCUAACGUGAUUGCGUCGAACCUUAGCAAGAAAUGUGAAGCACUUGCUGUCUCCGGUUUAGUUGAAUACGGAGAUGAGAUAGACGUGAUUGCGCCCGUUGACGUUCUCAAGCAAAUCUUUAAGAUACCUUACUCGAAAGCUCGGGUCUCCAUAGCGGUCCAGCGUGUUGGACAGACUCUCGUCUUGAACCCUGGACCUGAUGUUGAAGAGGGAGAGAAACUGAUUAGGAGACAAAAGAAUCAGCCGAAAUGUACCAAAAACGUUGAUGAGUCUUUGUUUCUGAACUUUGCUAUGCAUUCAGUGAGAAUGGAGGCGUGUGAUUGCCCUCCAACGCAUCGCCCAGAUGUAGAGAAACAGUCUCUUCCCGCAGGAGAGAACUCUCGUGGGCUUCAACAGAGUAGUGAUAGUACUCCAGACGACAGACUUGACAAACGAGUAGGGAGUAGUAGUAAACAGAUGAAACAGGAUGGUUUUAUUUGUGAAAAGACGAAGAAGAGCAAGAAAAACAAAGUUAGUGAGCCGAUGAGAGAAGAUACUCAAAUCAGUGAAAAGGCCAAGCCUUCCGGAGAAUCUGAGAAGCAUAGAAGAAGUGGGAACAAUGAAUUUUUGAGAGUUCUGUUUUGGCAAUUCCACAACUUCCGCAUGCUUUUGGGAAGUGAUCUGCUUCUGUUCAGCAAUGAAAAAUAUGUGGCUGUGAGCUUGCACUUGUUUGAUGUUAGCCAAAAGGUUACACCUUUAACUUGGCUUGAAGCUUGGCUUGAUAAUGUAAUGGCCAGUGUGCCCGAGUUAGCGAUAUGCUAUCAUAAGAAAGGUGUUGUCCAAGGGUAUGAGCUUUUGAAAACGGAUGAUAUAUUUUUACUAAAAGGCAUCUCUGAAGAUGGUACACCUGCCUUCAAUCCUCAUGUUGUUCAGCAAAACGGCCUAGCUGUUUUACGGUUUCUUCAAUCAAAUUGCAAAGAGGAUCCUGGAGCUUACUGGCUUUACAAAAGUGCUGGUGAAGAUGUGAUUCAGCUUUUUGAUUCUUCCUUAAUGUCAAAGAACCAUUCUGCCAGCGAUGACAACGACAGCGCAAACCCAUUGCCAUCUUUUAUUCACAGUGGGAGAAAUGACUCACUGUUUUCUUUAGGAAAUCUUCUUUACCGUGUCGGACAUAGGCUUUCUUUGUCAGUGGUGCCGAAUGAUAGGACCAAGUGUGCUAGGUUCCUCAGAAAAUGUUUGAAUUUCUUAGAUGAGCCUAAUUCUCUGGUUGUUCGUGCGUAUGCACAUGAGCAGUUCGCAAGGCUUAUUCUAAGUAAUGACGAGGAAGUUGACUUGACUUUUGAGUCUAAUAAUGUGCAACGAGAAGUCCAAAUAACAGACCUAGAGGAGGAACCACUUGAUCCAGUUACUGUUGUUGACAAUGAAAGUGAGGCUGUGGUUUUCUCGCAAGACAAGUUCACUAAAGACUACUCGAGUUCGUCGCCUUUAAUACCUGUUAGACCGAAGUUGGAGGCAGAUUUGUUACCUUGCAAGGAACCCUUAAGUUCAGAGAGUUCAGAUUCCCAUGAUGUUGAAAGCUCUGUCAUGAAAUCCAGUUCAGAUACUAGUAUCGAUCUUGCUCUUGCGCCUCUGCUUCAGACUCCAAUCAGUCCAAUUUCAUCGAAACUAGCUGCAGUUCACCAUGUUUCUCAAGCUAUAAAGGCACUAAGGUGGACACGGCAACUACAGUCUACAGAGCAGGAUGGUGCGUUUCGUAAUGUACUGCCUUCUGUCGAUAUUUCCAAAUGCGCAUGUGGUGAUCCUGAUUGUAUUGAGGUCUGUGAUAUCCGUAACUGGCUCCCAACCUCUAAACUGGACAGGAAAUUGUGGAACCUCGUAUUGCUUCUUGGUGAAUCAUAUUUGUCUCUAGGGGAAGCUUACAAAGAGGAUGGGCAGUUGCACCAAGCUUUGAAUACUGUUGAAUUAGCUUGCUCCCUAUACGGAUCAAUGCCGCAGAAGUUUGACGAGACAUUGUUUGUUUCCUCAAUGAACAAGUCUCUUUCACUUCAGUCAAAGUCUAGUGCGAGAACACAAGUGGAAGAUUUGGAUAUCAGUUUCACAGAACUUUCAUCAACACGUCUCUUCUGGGCGAAAGUAUGGAUGUUGGUUGGUGAUGUAUAUGUUGAGUUCCACGUUCUUAAAGGUCAGGAGCUCUCAAGAAAAGCAGAGGAGACAUCUACGAACCAGAAACAGUUGAAAAUGCCGUCUGAAGUCGUGAAGGAAGUAAAGCGGCUUAAGAAGAAGUUAACUGAGUACAGUCAAAAUUGUGCUUCAUGUUCAUUAGUAAACUGCAGCUGUAAGAGUGACAGAGCAAGCAGUGGAAGCAGCGCAAGUAGCAGCAACAGCAAUGGAAGUAGUGCUCGUACUGUGCCUCAAAGCAGAAAGCAAAAUAGAAAAUCGAAGUCCAAGAACGUCACCAGCAGGCUCUCACGAAGUGUUGAAGAUGAAUGUGUUAACGUAUCAGCUGAGAACAGAAGCCAUAAAGAAGAAGAUACAUCAGUGGGAACAAAGAAUGACUCUAACUCUAAGGAACCAGCAGAAGCAAAAAAAGGCGGAAUAUUCAAGUAUCUCAAGCGGUCUGAGACUGAUGAUGCAGAAAGCAAUCUCUUGUCUGCCUUAACUUGUUAUGAGGAGACUCGAAGAGCAUUGCAGGAGCUUCCAAGCGGCUGCAGUGAGUCUCAGUCGGUUCUUAGAAAGAAAGGUUGGGUAUGUAAUGAACUUGGUCGGAACCGCCUCGGGAGCAAAGAGCUAAAAAAAGCUGAAGAUGCCUUUGCUGAUGCUAUAACAGCAUUCAAGGAAGUUUGCGAUCAUACCAACGUUAUUCUAAUCAACUGCAACUUGGGUCACGGACGACGAGCUUUAGCUGAAGAAAUGGUUCCGAAGAUGGAAGCUCUGAAACUUCAUCCUGCUCUUAAAAAUGCUUACGAACAAUCUCUGGAGACUGCAAAGUUAGAAUACAGCAAGUCACUGAAGUAUUACAUUGCAGCGAAGACGGAACUCAGUGUUGCAACUGAAGAGGUUCCAGAGAAUCUGAAAGUGGAAGUUUACACACAGCUUGCUCAUACGUAUCUCAGAUUUGGAAUGCUUUUAGCGAAAGAAGACACAACCGCUGCAGCUCGUGGACAUCAGAAGAGUACGUUAGAAAACACUCGUGAUAAGCAUGAAGUAUCAGCAAGCGAUGCAAUAAGAGAGGCCUUGGCGUUAUACGAAUCUCUUGGGGAGAUACGCAAACAGGAAGCUGCGUUUGCUUAUCUUCAGUUAGCGCGGUAUCACAAAGAGUGCUGCUUGAGGUUUUUGGAGAGUCUUGCCAAACCCGAGACUAAUGUCAUCCAUAGAGCCAAGCAAUACGCUCUGUUGGCAGAUAGGAAUUGGCAGAAGUCGACGGACUUUUAUGGCCCCGAGAAUCAUCCUUCCAUGUUCCUUACGAUUCUGAUAGAAAGAUCGGCUCUUUCCUUCAGCCUUUCAAACUUCUGGCAGACAAACACUAUGCUCGAGUCGGCUUUGUCUCGCCUGCUCGAAGGCCGUCACGUUUCCAAAACAUAUGCUGAAUCGUUAAGAACCGAGGACUCGGAGCUCUACUCGAAAUUCUGGGCACAGUUGCAGUUGGUUCUUAAGCGAAUGCUGGCGUUAUCCUUACCUGCGGAAGGAGCAAACAAAUCUCAGAACUCUGGAAGAUCUGGAGACUCUGGGAAACUGAGAGAGCUGUAUAAAACAUCACUCAAGUCAACAAGCUUGUGCGACUUGAAUUCAAUGCAUGUCUUGUGGACAUCAUCGUCUUGA